UAUUGGGACGCUAUUAUAGCUCCUUGGCAGCACUGGGACCCGGUGGGGCGGGGCUCCGUGAAAACCGGAAGCAUCUAGUGACAGGCACUCGGAGCAGUUCCGAUGACUGUCCACAACCUGUACCUGUUUGACCGAAAUGGAGUGUGUCUGCAUUACAGCGAGUGGCACCGCAAGAAGCAAGCGGGGAUCCCCAAGGAGGAGGAGUUCAAGCUGAUGUACGGGAUGCUGUUCUCUAUCCGCUCCUUUGUCAGCAAGAUGUCCCCGCUAGACAUGAAGGAUGGCUUUCUGUCCUUCCAGACUAGCCGUUACAAACUCCAUUACUACGAGACCCCCACUGGGAUCAAGGUUGUCAUGAAUACUGACUUGGGCGUGGGACCCAUCCGAGACGUGCUGCACCACAUCUACAGUUCGCUGUACGUGGAGCUGGUGGUGAAGAAUCCCCUGUGCCCGCUGGGACAGACUGUACAAAGUGAGCUCUUCCGCUCCCGACUGGACUCCUACGUCCGCUCUCUGCCCUUUUUCUCUGCCAGGGCUGGCUGAAGGAUGCACCCUACCUCACCCCUCAGGAGAACCUCUGUCUACCUGCCCCUCCAACCCCUCUAGCUCCCAGGCAGCCCACCCUGGUGCCCUCCCCGUUACCUCCAAACCAGGCCCUCUCUCUAGGUUUAUCCUCUACCAGACGCCCUGAGAAGUCUAGAAUAAACUUCUUGUCACUCUG